CAAACACGAUGACGACAUUUUCUAAGUACUCCUAGCUAAUGCGCAGAACUAGCUUCGUUUCAGUAAGGUGAUGGUUAAAUUAACCGACAUUUUUAGAUCUUUAUUUGGGGCUCCAAAAGAACAACUUGGCACCAACGAUUUGCCAAGAGAUAUUCAAGAGGAUCUGGAGAACCUCUAUGGAAGGAGACAAGAUCUGAAUUAUUGGCAGCCAGAACUUCCAGCAAUCCGUGAGGAAUGGAGAUUAUUUAAUGACCAGCCUCUAGAGCUAGGAGAUCAUGAAGACUAUUUUCACUCAAGAGAGGGAGAUUUUCUUCAAGAGUUUGAACAGAUGUUUCAUAACAUCUUCAGAGGAUUUCAAUUUGAUUUCAACCCACCAGCCCAAGACCUCCCUACCAUAGACUUACUACCUGAUAAUUUACCAUCUGAAAUGUCAGAAGAAAACUUCCCUAAAGACUCUGGAUCUCUUAGGGAGAGAAUGCUGAAAGGGCCUGAUUCAUCCCUGGACAGUGAAAACUUUAAAGAUGAGCAGGAUGAUAACAAGUCAGAAGGCUUUCCUUUGUUUCCCCCAUUUUCACUGUUUAGUGAUUUGUGGAAGUUACCACCAUUCAGUGGACUGAGGUGUCCAGAUGAAAGAGUGGAUAGAGCACAAGCGGAUAAAGUGCUGAACGGGCCGCGGCUGAGUUUGUUUUGUUGUGACACCGGUUCGAUACAAGACCUUGACAAUGAAGUCGAAAUGGGAACUCACAGCUUGGAUGAAAUUUUGGCUGCUAAAGAUGAAGGCCAAAUGUCACAACAUGUUCCGUGUUUUUCAUCAUCUUCAUCUUUCUCAAGUGUAACUAUUGUUGACUCAAAUGGGGUUACUGAAAAAAGGACCACAAGGAGGGAUUCUAGUGGAAAUGAAGAGGUAACGAUAACACGAAGAAUUGGUGACCAGACUCGUACUGUUACUCGAAGGAAAGAUAAUCAUGGACAUGAAGAGACCCAAGUGGAUACCGUGAACAUUGACAAGGAUGAUAUUAAAAAGUGCCGUCAUUCACAAAGUAGAGAUGUCAGUGAAUUCUUCCGACACCCAACGCCCUUGUCCUCCAUUUACGAUUCAGUCUUGGAACAGUUCUUUCCAAAACGAAGAUAGCGCUGCAGAGCUCCCCCGCCCCCCCAAAACAGAGAAUGAGAGAAGUAGAAGAAAUCUUAGCUUCACAGGAGUAAAACUGUGCUUUCAUUUAAGGAAAGUGGACGAUACAGUCUGUCGCGCGUGGACCUCGGUUGACAACAGAGAAGUAGUUUCAGCACAAAGUGUUUUGUCAUCCCUUCUCAGGAAGAAAUAUGUGUAGCUGGGCGCCGGACUUAUUAUCUUGACGUGUCGUAGACUUCAGUGACAGAUUUUAUAAUAUGGCGUUCAUAAGUUGGAAAUAACUAGGAAAAGUUUACAGAUGAUUGUGAUGUGUUCACUUUUCUGACAGUGCUGUAUUGUUUUUCAAAGUAUCCCGGAUUAAAGUGGACAUUUUGAGUGUU